CUUCCGGUUACGGGGGCAGUUGUAAUCUAACCGAAGAACAACAGCAAAUAGAGGUACUGCAAGUGCAAGACUUUCGCCACGGCUCUCAACAGACCUCCAAUCAUCCAAUGUGCUGAAAAGGUCUCUCCUUUGGUCGUUCACACAUCAGAGGCCCGGGGCCAUGGAUUCAUCCUCCGACGAGGAGGAGGGGCGCUCCUUCGUCCAGGUGGUCAGUGAGAAGUACAACCCGGAGAACUUCCCCUACUGCCGGGGCCCGGGCAUGGGGGUGGUGGUGCUGCCUAGCCCCCCGGGCUCCCCGGUGAAAGAUCGGCUCAACCUGCCCAGUGUGCUGGUGCUGAAUGACUGCGGGAUCACCAAGGCCGGUGACAGGACGGAGGUGGCCACGUUCUGCGCCCACGUGGUCGAGCUGGACCUGUCCCACAACCAACUCAAGGACUGGGAAGAGAUUGGGACCAUCGUCUCCAACGUCCCCCAUUUGGACUUCCUGAAUCUGAGCAGGAACCCCCUGAGCGGCGUGGAGCUGGAGCCCAGCCUGGCCGAGGUGUUCUCCAGGGUGCGCCGGCUGGUCCUCAUCAACACGCACAUCACAUGGGACACCGUGCACACGCUCACCAGCCACACCCCAGAACUGGAGGAGCUGUUCCUGUGCCUGAACCUCUACGAUGAGGUGGUGGAGUCCGGGACGCCCUGCCUGUCCCUGCGGCUGCUGCAGAUCACAGACAACCAGCUGCAGGAAUGGGCGGAGGUCCGCAAGCUGGGGGCCAUGUACCCCCGUCUGGAGAUGCUGGUGCUGGCCAACAACAGCCUGGGCUCUGUGGAGGACCCCCCCGACACGCUGGAGCGCCUCUUCCCCAAGCUGCGCUACAUCAACCUCAAUAACUCAGGGCUUAGCAGAUGGGAGGACGUUGACAGUCUGAAUUUCUUCCCCAAACUGGCGGAGGUGAAAGUGAUGGGCAUUCCCUUACUGCAGCCAUACACUGACCAGCAGCGACGCAGCCUCAUAGUGGCACAGCUUCCCUCCGUCUCCGUGCUGAACGGUAGCCUGGUGACGGACGGCGAGCGGGAGGACGCUGAGCGCUUCUUCAUCCGCCACCAUCAGGACCGUCCGGAGGAGGAGCUCCCCAGGAGAUACCACAUCCUGGUGUCAAAGUACGGCCGGCUGGCGCCGCUGGCCGAGGUGGACCUGACGCCCCGCGGCCCCACGGUGGAGGUGCGCUGCGGGGACCGGGUGGAGGUGGUGACCCUCACCAUGGAGCAGACGGUGGGCGCGCUGAAGAAGCAGCUCCGGGCCCUGCUGCAGCUGCCGCCCAGCGGCGUGCGGCUCUUCCACGUCAUCCACACCGAGCCCUGCUCCGCGUCGCUGUCGCAGGAGAUGCAGUACCCGGGCCGGGCGCUGCACUCCUACAGCAUCCGCGACGGCGACGAGAUCCUGCUGGUGCCCAAGGACAAGGCCCGCUGCCACUCCACGGGGAGCGGCGUUCCCGUCCUCCAGUCACCCCCUCUCCCCGUCUCUAACCCUAACGCUGCCGCCUCGCUGCCUAGCCGCCGGCGCCCUGUGGAUGGUCCUCUGCUCUGUGAAGGCAGCCGGGCUGAGAGAGCUGAGGUGCUAGAUGUCAGUCUUCUGAAGCCAGAGCUGACCAUCUCCUCCUCUUCCCCAAUCUCCUCUACAAUCCUCAGGAUGGUCAGCCCAGUAAAUCCGGUGAUUGUGCUGCACCUCCUCAGCAUCUUUGCACAGAUUAGAGCUGGUAAUCAGGACAUCAUGUACCCCUACGGACCGGGCCGAGAUCAAGAGACCCCCAAGAUGGAUGAUGGGAGUUCUGCAGAAGUGGUUCUGCUCCUCCCGUUCGUUUUCUUCAAUGGCCCCUACCGCUCCAUUUACGUCAACAACAAUGGCGUGAUCUCCUUCAAUGUGCAAGUCAGCCAGUUCACCCCCGAAGCCUUUCCCCUGAGUGACAGUAGAUCAUUCAUUGCUCCACUGUGGGCGGACGUGCACAAUGGCAUUAGAGGGGACGUGUAUUACCGUGAGACCGUCGAGCCCGAAAUACUAGAGCGGGCCACGCAAGACAUACGCAAGUACUUUAAAAACAUAUCAGGCUUUACUGCUGCCUGGGCUUUCAUCGCAACUUGGCACCAGGUCACCUUCUAUGGAGGCAGCCAGACAACUCCGGUAAAUACAUUCCAGUGUGUGCUCGUCUCAGAUGGCGCAACAUCCUUCUCUAUAUUCAACUAUGGAGAGGUCUUGUGGAGCACAGGAACCGCCAGCGGAGGAGAUCCCCUGACCGGAUUGGGUGGGACGACAGCACAGUCAGGUUUCAAUGGAGGAGACAUUGGCCAUUUCUUCAACCUGCCAGGUUCACGGUCCAACGACGUUGUGAACAUUGAGCAGACAACCAACGUAAAUGUGCCGGGGCGUUGGGUGUUCCGGGUGGACACUGAAUUGAUAGAUCCUGCAAAUGGCUGCAGCUACAAUGGGCGCUUCUACAGACGGGGGGAGAUCUUCUGGCUGUCCGACCAGUGCUCUCUGCGCUGUCGCUGCCUAGACAUGAACAAUGAAGUUCAGUGUCAGGAGGCACCCUGCGGCCAGCUGGAGACCUGUGAGCAGCAGGAGGGCGCCUUCUACUGCCAGCCCGUCCGCACCAGCACCUGCGUGGUCUUCGGUGACCCACACUACCACACCUUCGAUGGCUUCCUCUAUCACUUCCAGGGAACCUGUUCCUACCUGCUGGCGCGGCCAUGCUGGGAGGUGGUAGGGCUGCCUUACUUCAGUGUGGAGGCCAAGAAUGAAAACCGUGGCAUGGCCUCUGUCUCUUGGCUCAGAGAUGUGACAGUGGAGGUGUACGGGCAUCGAGUCACUCUGCCCAAGGGAAGCUUGGGAACCGCUCAGGUGGAUGGUCUUAUGAAGACUUUACCUGUUCAGCUUCAACUCGGUGCCAUAAGGGUUUACCAAUCUGGAGUUGCAAUAGCCUUGGAAACAGACUUUGGCCUUUUAGUUACCUACGAUGGCCAACACUAUGCCUCCAUCUCAUUGCCUAGCUCCUACUUCAACAAUACUUGUGGCCUGUGUGGAAACUAUAACGAUGACCCUGCCGAUGACCCAGUGUUGCCCGAUGGGUCUCUGGCUGAAAGUGUGGUGGAGCUAGGGGGUAGCUGGCGGGCAGACGAUACAGACUGGAGGUGUCACGACGGAUGUACUCAGAACUGCAGCAUGUGUGACCCGGCCAUCGAGGCCUUCUACUUUCGUUCCGACUACUGUGGGCUGAUCAACAAAACAGACGGCCCCUUUAGGGACUGCAGAGCCGUGGUGGACCCCACUGCGUUUGUCUACAGCUGUGUGUAUGAUCUGUGUAGCAACAGGGAUAACAUCACCACUCUGUGCCAUGCCAUCCAGGCCUACUCUAUGGCCUGUCAGGCCCUGGGAGUCACUAUACGGCCCUGGAGAUCCCGCAACUUCUGUGCCUUGUCGUGUCCGGAGGAUAGCCACUACCAGGUGUGCACCAGCGCCUGUCCGUCCUCCUGCUCGGACCUCACCUCUGCCCUCUACUGCGCCCACCCAUGCACUGAGGGCUGCCAGUGCGACCCAGGCUACAUCCUGAGCGGCAGCCGCUGUGUGAAUCUCGAUGACUGCGGCUGUGAGCACGAGGGUCUCUACUACCCCCGUAACGACACCUUCUGGGCGGGCACGAGCAGCAAAGCCAGCGAGUGUAAGCUGCGCUGUGUCUGCGGCCCCGCGGGGGAGGUGUCCUGCUUCAACGACUCGUGCCGCGAAGGGGAGGUGUGCACGGCGGAGGUGGGCCGGCUGGGCUGCUACCCUCUGAGGGAGGGGACCUGCUCGGUCGCCCAGAACACGGUGACGUCGUCGUUCGACGGCGUCUCCAUGUCCUUCCCUGACGACAGCUCCUACUACCUGCUGAAGCUGUGUGGCUCGGCACCCCGCAACGUUUCCAGCGUGGAGGUGAAGAUCGGCAGGAAGUUGGUGAACAAAGGCCCGACUUGGAUGAGGCCUGUGGUGGUCAGGGUGGCGAAUAUCGAAGCCCAGAUAGGAGGCACCGAUUUUGACAUAGUGAAGGUAAAUGCUGAAGUGGUGCCCCUCCCGUACGUGCAUCCACUGGAGACGAUGUUGAUCUACAAAGCCCCGGGCAACGUCACGGUGGUGGAGUGCCCCGGCGUGAUCCGGGUGCAUUACAACCGCCAGGGCUUCCUCAACAUCUCCCUCUCCACCGUCUUCUACAACGCCACCUGCGGCCUCUGCGGCUUCUUCAACCGCAACGGGUCAGACGACCUCCGCCUGCCCAACGGCCGCCUGGCAGAGUCCAGCGAGCAGUUCACAGAGGGCUGGCGCGCCAUCGCCGACGACCUCACCUGCAACGGCGACUGCGACGACCUCUACCGCAUGUGCACGGACCUCCGCGUCUACCAGAGCCCCUACAUGUGCGGCAGCAUCAACGACCCAGGGAACAGCUCCUUCCUGGCGUGCCACGACGCCAUCAACCCCUCGCCGUUCUUCCGGAACUGUCUGUACAACAUGUGCGUGAAGGAAGGCAACCGCUCUGCCCUGUGUUCCUCACUGCAGGCCUACGCCUCGGCCUGUCAGGACGCCCAGGUGGGCCUGGCGUCCUGGAGAAGCACCACCAACUGCCCGCUGCCUUGUCCAGACCACGGCCACUUUGACGAGUGCACCAACGCCUGCCCUCUGACCUGUGAUAACCUGGACGAGCCCCGGAGGCCGUGCCCGCUGCCGUGCCAGGAGGGCUGCCAGUGCGAGGAAGGCUACGCCCUCCGCGAUGGGCUCUGCGUGGCCCGCAGCGACUGCGGCUGCAAGAGCCACGGGCGCAAGCUGGCCACCAACCAGACCUUCUGGAGGGACAGGGAGUGCCUGGAGCGCUGCUACUGCAACGGCUCAGACAACAGCGUGUACUGCCAGACGGGGCCCUGUCACGCGGAGGAGUACUGCGAGGAGAACGGCGGCCUCUACUUCUGCCAGCCGCGCACCGAGGCCCUGUGCGCCGCCGCCGGCUACGGACACUUCCUGCCGUUCAGCGGUGUGCCGUUCGAGCUGCAGAGCUCUUGCACCCUGCAGCUGGCCACGACCAACUGCAGGGGGGACGAGGAGCCGGGCCAGCUGAUCGCCGGGGGAUCCUCAAACACCUUCCCGCCCUUCAAAAUGGCCGCCCGCAACGAGGAGCGCGACACGGGCCAAGCCAUCUGGGUCCGUGGGUUCGUGCUGGAGGUCUACGGCUACGAGAUCGAAGUGUCGCGGAGCUACAAAAACACAGUCACGGUGAACAAGGAGCGCCUCUAUCUCCCCCUGAAGUUGGGCUCGGGGAAAAUCACCGUGGUCACCUUGGGCAUGCUGCUGAUCCUGGAGUCCGACUUCGGCCUGAAGGUGGUCUUCGACUGGAACACCCUCCUCCUGCUCAGCCUGCCCCACGCCAUCUACAACAACACCUGCGGCAUCUGCCAGGGCCUGCCCCCGUCGCCGCCCGUCCUCUCCAGCACUGCCGACUGGGGCAUGGCGUGGGCCGAGAGGGACACCUUCUGCCAGGUGGGGUGCGGGGACUCCUGCCCCCGCUGCGGCCUGGGCGAGAAGAGCCACGGCAACGAAGACUCCGCCGCCGUGUCGGAGGGCUAUGACGGCGCGGUGAGGCUCUGCGGUCUGAUCGUGGACCGCGCCGGCGUGUUCGCCAGCUGCCACAGCAAGGUCCCGCCGGCGUUCUUCUACCAGAGCUGCCUGCAGGACACCUGUAUGGACCAGGGAGCCCCGGAGACCAUCUGCAACUGGCUGCAGAUCUACGCCAGCACCUGCCAGACGCAAGGGCUGCCCAUCUUUGGAUGGAGGUCUAACACCCCCUGCGUGCUGCGCUGCCCAGCCAACAGCCACUACUCCAGCUGCAUGUCGGUGUGCCCGCCCCAGUGUGCCCCGGCCCGCGGCCAGAGGGACUGCAAUCAGGACUGCGUGGAGGGCUGCCUGUGCGACCAGGGCUACGUCCUCAAUGGCAAGAGCUGCCUCCUGCCCCAGAACUGCGGCUGCUACACGGACGGCAAGUACUUCGAGCCCAAGCAGCUGUUCUGGAACAGCGACUGCACCAAGCGUUGCCAGUGCAUCGGCCGCAACCUCAUCCAGUGCGACCCGCGGCGCUGUAAGGCGGAGGAGGAGUGCACGCUGCGCUACGGCGUGCGCGGCUGCUUCGCCCGCCGCUCCCAGCACUGCGUGGCGUCCGGCGGCGGCGUCUUCCGCACCUUCGACGGCGCCUCGCUGCGUCUGCCCGCCUCCUGCUCCUUCGUCCUGUCCACCAACUGCCGCAAGCUGCCCGACCUCUCCUUCCAGCUCAUCGCCAACUUCGACAAGUGGAGCACGCCCAACCUCACCACCAUCUCCCACGUCUACCUGUACAUCAACGAGGAGAACAUACUUAUCUCCGGCAGCCUGGUCAAGGUGAACGGCACACCGGUGUCGGUGCCUUUCGUCACAGGGCUGAUGACCCGCCUGUCCACCUCCGAGGGCUUCCUGGUCAUAGACACGCCCCAGGACAUCCAGAUCCGCUACAACCGCUUCAACACCCUCAGCAUCACCAUGGGCCAGCGGCUGCAGAACAAGGUGUGCGGCCUGUGCGGGAACUUCAACGGAGACCCCAGCGACGACUACAUCACAUCCAGGGGCAAGCCAGCGGUCAGCGCCUUGGAGCUGGCCCAGAGCUGGAAGACCAACGGCAUGCAGAACAGCUGCGACGAGACCCAGUACGUGGCCCUGGCUCAGUCCUGCGAGAACACGGCAGUGCUGAGCCUCCAGGGCGAGGACGGCUGCCAGAAGCUCAACCAGAUGAAGGGCUUCUUCCAGCCCUGCCACGGCCUGCUGGACCCCCGGCCCUUCUUCGAGUCCUGCUACCUGGACGGCUGCUACAACCACCGCAAGGCCCAGGUCUGCGGCUCGCUGGCGGCCUACGCCGAGGCCUGCCGCGCCAUGGGCACGCUCACCACCAAGUGGAUUGCCCAGGAGAACUGCUCAGAAUGGAUCUAUGACCCCUGUGCAGGAGAGAUCUGCACAAACAAUACCUGUGAGCAAGAGAACGGGGGGGACCUCUGCGGCUGCCCGGAGUUACCCAGCAGCCCCGGCGGUGACGAUGACAUCAUCCAGGCGGAGGUGACCUGCAAGCACGCCCAGAUGGAGGUGUCCAUCUCCAAGUGCAAGCUCUUCCAGCUGGGCUUCGAGAGGGAGGACGUGCGCAUCAACGACCAGCACUGCGCCGGCAUCGAGGGAGAGGACUUCAUCUCCUUCCGGAUCAACAACACCAAGGCUCACUGCGGCUCCAUCGUGCAGUCCAACGGCACGCACAUCAUGUACAAGAACACGGUGUGGAUCGAGAGCGUGAACAACACGGGCAACGUGAUCACCAGGGACCGCACCAUCAACGUGGAGUUCUCCUGCGCCUACGAGCUGGACCUCAAGAUCUCCCUGGAGACAGUGCUGAAGCCCAUGCUCAGCGUGAUCAACCUCACGCUGCCCACCCAGGAGGGCAACUUCAUCACCAAGAUGGCGCUGUACAAGAACGGCUCGUACCGGCAGCCCUACAGGGAGGGCGAGGUGGUGCUGAGCACGCGGGACAACCUCUUCGUGGGCGUGUUCGUGGAGGGCGCCGACGAGAACCAGCUGAUCCUCAUCGUCAACAUGUGCUGGGCCACGCCGUCGCGCUACAGCAGCGACCGGCUGCGCUACAUCAUCAUAGAGCGGGGCUGUCCGAACAUCAAGGACAACACCAUCGGCAUGGCGGAGAACGGUGUGUCGCUCACCUGCCGCUUCCACGUCACCGUGUUCAAGUUCAUCGGCGACUACGACGAGGUGCACCUGCACUGCGAUGUGUCCCUGUGCGACUCAGAGACCAACGCCUGCAAAGUGAACUGCCCACACACCAGGAGAAUGUACUCGGAGGACAGUCAACAUACGGAGCACAUACUGUCUGUAGGGCCAAUCAGAAGAAGAGAGUCGGACUGGUGUGAAUUCAACAACGGGGGUUGUGAGCAGAUCUGCAGCAGUAAGACGACUGGGCCGGUGUGCAGUUGUGUGACCGGGAUGUUGCAGAGAGAUGGAAAAAGCUGCCGGGUCGUGAACUUGAGUCCCAUGCUUCGAGCCCAGGCUCUUCCUGUGGGCGUCACUGUCUUGGUCGCCUGGCUCCUGGUUCACAUGCACACUGUACUCACCUGCUAACCCAACUGGUAACACCGUGAAAGACUUGAAGAAACGCAACCAAAUAAGUCCUGCUUGGACUUACUCAGCCAGUAGACCAGACGUUGGCCAAUCACACCAUCAAAGACAUUUCAAAUUCAACCCUUCUGAGUGUAUUAUUGUAUUCAAUUGGAAAAACACGUAUAAACCCAGAUAUACAUUUAGAAAAUAUAAUUUAAAUACUUACUAUUUUAAUAAUUUAAAUACAUCCAAAGAAAUAUCUUUUGUUUGGAAAACCAAAUACUACAACAGAGCAUUCACCAAAAAAAUCACUGAUGUCCAUUACUUAUAAGAAAGAUGAGGAAAAAAUGAAAUGGAUGUUAUGGAUAGACUUUCAGCAUAAAUGACUGAAAUGAGUGGAACAACACUUUUUUUAAAGAAACACAUCAUUGUGAUCCUAGUCCCUGCAUUAUCUUGUCUAAGGGUAUUCGAUGGAUGAACUGGCUAUACAUCAUAGGUAAUGUAAUGUGUAUUCAAAUUAUAUACUCUGUUCUAGCAUAGCUGCCAGGGUGAGCAAUCUCUUUAAAUAUGCAAACAACUAGUAUGAAAUACAUUUGUUUUUGUCUCGCAAUCAUUUUAAUACUUCCGCUACAGUUUUCAACAAACAGUUACGCUAUGCUAGUGUUUUCGUUGCAGGUAUUUUCUAGCAAUAACGCCAUUAACACUAAUCAUUGGCCGGCAACCAAGUUCUUAUCUGCUUAAUAAGGUGGCCAUGAAAUGUACUGAUAAAAAGGUGAUAAAUAGAGUAUGUGUUGAUUUUAUAUGGAUACCUGGGCAUGAGUGCCAGCAAAUGUUCUCUAUUUCUCAAUAAGGUAACAUGUCAAUGUCUGAAUGUAAACAUUGAACACAGGCUACAAUAAGUGACAGAACAACGUGUUUGUUGCAUGUUGAAGUGAAAACUGCCAAACUUCCGUAAUAUUUUCUCAUUUACAGGCUCCUGUUACUGCCUAAUAUGUAGAAAUGUACAGUCCUCAGUUGGUGGUACUUUUAUGAUUUUGAUAAACAGUAAUUUAAGAAAAUCUAAAGUUUUACAAUGUGCCCAAAUAAAAAUAAAAAGUGCCCUUGUUUUUUUGACAAGUUACCUUAAUAAAUGAAAACCUAA